AUGGAAACAAAUAAAGUGCCAACAUCUACUUCAACAACUGUAUCAGCUACUUCAGCUGCUAUUAAUCCAUUAUUUGAUCCUGUUGCAUUGCAAGCAGCAUACCUUGCUGCUGCUCAACUACAUAACCAAUUACAGCAAAAUUCUCAUUUAGCUACUACUGUUAAUGCAACUGCUUUACCAUCUACUAUUACUACUGCAAAUACCAAUGAUAUUCAUGCAACAUUACAUAAAGCUACAACACCACCAUCCUCACCAGCAUGCCUUUCAUCAUUAUUUGUAGGUAAUGAUCGAUUGUAUUCUUUACUGCCACCACAAUUACAGUCCUCCUUAAAGCAACAACAACGUAACUUUCUGCAACAACAACAACAACAAUCAAUAAAUACCUCAUUGGCACAUCAUUGCUCAGCAUUUUCACCAAUAAAUACGGACUUACCUGGUGCUUCUAUAACUACUGCUCCUUCCUUACUUACACAACCAUCAUCACUACCUCCGAUACCUCCUGUACCUCCUAUAGCAUCGUCACAACAAUCCCUUGAUUUACUUCUUAUGCAAAUGCAAAUGGCUACAGCUGCUGCAGGAUUUUUUCCUGCUGCUUUCAAUGUCCUUCCACCAGUUACUGCUGCUGCAUUGGGAUUGUUAGCGCCACAGUUUCGAAUGCUACAACUUGGUGAUCCAAACUUCUCACCAUAUUCAGUUCCAGCAAAUGCAAAUGGUGUAUUCACACCUGAUGUUAUGAGUAAGGAUACCGGUGAUACAACUGCUAUUGAGAGGUCUUUACUACAAGCACAGAUUAAUUUAUUGGCUAAUGGAUCGUCAUUAUCAUCUGCUGUCAGUGAACAGACAUGUUCAAGUGGUACGAUAUCUCAUAUGUCACUUAAUGGUAUCGCAUCUUCCCUGGUUCAACAGCUAAAUCCCCCAUUAAAUCACAACUCAUCGCAUAAUAACAGUAAUAGUAGUAAACAGCAGCGUAUUCAAAUGAAAAGGCCUUACGAUGAAAUGUCAAUACUACGAUCUCUCUGUAGUGAAAAUCACACUACUGAGCGAGAAACAGAAGUGAUAUGCGGAAAGCGGAGCAGAGUAGGUGCCAACGAUGAAAGUGGACGACGGAGCUUGCAGAAAUCCACAAAAGCGUGUAACUCAGGGAAAAACCAACAACAAUGUUUGGUGGAACUCGACAACAAAGAUUUAUUGGAUGGAAGCUCGAAAAUUAACAAAGAGAAGUGUACAAUAUCUGGCCUGUUUGAUCAAAAUUCACCAGACCGUCAUCAUCCCGUAAAUCACCGUCCACCAGCCAUGGAAGCACGAUUUCUGGAAUGUAUGGCAGCUAUCGCUCUUCAUUCAAACAUUCCUUUGCCAACGAAAAAAGAAAAUAUGAUCCGCAGUACAAGUGUCAAUGAAAGUAGAGUGGAAGAAAACGAUAUUAAUGGUAAAUCCGAAAAACAGAAGCAAUCUACAAGGAAUACAGAAUCAGAAAAUUCAAGCAGAACAGAACUGAAAAGCAUUCCAUCACCUGAUCGACCUAUAUUCAGUGAAAAUGCUGCUGCUACUACCAUCACUUCGAAUGAGAAUGAGAAUAAAAAAUGUUGGCCAAAUUCAGCAAUAGAUGAAGAACUCUGUAAGGAACUAGAAAAUUACAAGGAUUCGGAUGUUCCAGUGAUUCAUGCAUUUGUCUUACCGGCGAAGCUAUCAAAUUCGGCAUCAUCAUCUGUUUCUGAUGAAAAAUACUCGCAAGAUUCAUCAUGUACAGUGGUACCGGAAUCAGUUGCGGUACCGGUUCCAAUUCUCAACACACUUUUAGAUCGCAUUCUACAAACUAUGCUUGAUUCCUAG